AUGCAGCGCCGGCAGUUGCCUGGGGGACCCGGGGGGCUCCACCUGCUCGUCUGCUUCUUGCUGUUGAACAGCUGUCCAGGGGGCUGCAGCGACAUUAGUGGCCACGAUUGUAAGAGCCAAGUAGGAGCAGGACAGCCCUGGCCSGUCCAAGGAUUUACUGCUUCAGUCUUCCGGCAGUUACAAGUCAUACUCCACCAAAUUGUACCUCAAGGUCUGUUUUGGAAGGAUGACACCACCCAGGAUGUGAUGACCCAAAAGAUGAAGCACAUCAGCCUACUUCACCCCCAAGAUGCAUGCAUGAAGGAUGGAAAGGCAGUUUUCCCCACUAAAACCACUGCGAUGAGGGGCAAGCAAGAGGAAAAGCUUCAACUCUUAUUUCCCAAGAGCCCAGUGUCCAAGUUGAACAGAGAUCAGUGCGUCACCUCCAAAGUGGUUCCAAAGGCCCUAAAACAAGAGGUGACCAAUCCCAUCAAGGAAUACUCUGGGCCACUUCCUACUGCAGGCCACAGCCUUGUUGCUGAUUGA